UCUUCUCUUCCUCUCUGAUUGUGCGCUCUUGAAGAAGCACACAUGCGCAAUGGGCGUCUUCACUGCCACAUUCCCCGCUUGAGACCUGGCUAAACUGAAACGAACUGGCCCUUGAUUUUUUCCUUGCUCAGUUAGGGAGAACAUAGAUUCAACCGUAUUCAUAUGGUAAAUAUAUUCGUGUAAUUGAUCAGAUUUGUGCCUAAAUGAAAAUAGUCGGCCGCGCAAUUACAGUUUAACAUCGGGCCUUACGGUGAGUCUCCCCGAUUGUAUUGUUUGAAUGGAGUAGCUAGUGUUAGCUAGCAGAGUUUAUAUUGCAUGUGCAUAACGUAAACUUACUAGCUAGCCAAAUUAACUAGCUAACUAUCUUUCGAAUGGUAGGAUUCAUACAAUACCUGGAAUAAAACCAUUAUCACCAACAACACGCACACGAAUGUUCGCGAACAACAUUAGCUAGCUAGAAAGACGCCCUGUGUCCGUCCAUAGUGGGGCUAUCGAACGUUAGCUUCCACAACUGCGGUAAAUGUGAGGCUAACUGGCUAACUCAUGGUCAUUUGUUUACUUGCAAUGGCAGUUAGCUAGCUUGCUAACAUAGAGCUAGCUAUUAACACUAUUUCACCAGGCUAGCUAGCUAUUCAGCUAACUAUUUAGCUAGUUACAUUGUGCCAGCCAUGACUGGGUAGGAAGCUAGCUAGCUUGAUAUGUGGUGGUAAUUUACGUUACUAACAUAAUUGUACCUAGGUUUCAAUAUCAUAUCCAAUAUUGUAAUCUUCAUCUACAUGCUAACGUUAACCUAGCUGUCAGGGUAGCAACUUACAUUGGUCUUGUGUUGUAUCUAUACAAUUUCCUAUCCUUGCAUUUCACUUGACAUUAUGAAAUUGCAAUCCACUUUUGCAGACUGGUUGUCCAGCGUGCUUUCACUAACUGAUCCCCAUCCCCCCUCAGCACUAUCACCAUGGCAACAGAGGAGAAGAAACCAGAAACUGAGGCCACUAAAACAUCAUCUGCAUCUGCCAGCCAGAGCAAGGUAUGGGUUCAAGCUAGCCCUAAUACGACUGUUUUUAGGGGUCCAAGCAGCAAAGCUGGGUGAAACACUAUUGUAUUUAGGGUUGAUUAUUAUUAUUUUCCUUCUGCCAAUUUGGUGAAAAAAAGUAAAUAAUAAAAAUAUGCCAUUUAGCAGAUGCUUUUAUCCAAAGUGACUUACAGUCAUGUGUGCAUACAUGUUUACGUAUGGGUGGUCCCGGGGAUCGAACCCACUACCCUGGCAUUACAAGCGCCAUGCUCUACCAAUUGAGCUACAGAGGACCAAAUUCCUGUGAGAUGGUAAGGCCUAGGAGGUUGCAACCUUGCAUGAUGGUAAAGGUCUAAGGGCCACACCCUCUCAUUCAAUGCCAUGCCUAUUGACCCUUCGCUAAGCCCGCCCCCCAUGGUUACUGUUGCAACCUCGGACAACAUUUUCCCUGGAAGCCCAAUUCCCCAUUCAACCACUGGCGAGAUCUCCUCACGAUCUCAAACUGUGUUUCUAAUUAUUCUAAAAUUCAACAUUCUCUCUGAUUCAGACGACCCCCUGCUAAUCAGGAAACACUUGGGUAUGUUGUGGUGGACUGUCAUUACAAUUGCUUCACAGGAACCUGGUAAAAUAAUGUUUGUAGUGUAGCUAGCCACUGAAUGGCACUGAAAUCACUGUCAGCGUGCAGUCAAUCACUUUUGGAGAUAACUAACGUUAUUGCUCUCAAAUUGUAUCCUGUCGUCGACCACAGAUGGGAGUUGUAUUCAUAACAUUGCUAUAUUAGCUAGCUAACAUACAUUACCGUUCAAAAGUUUUAGAACCCCUACUCAUUCAAGGGUUUUGAUUUUUACUAUUUUCUACAUUGUAGAAUAAUAGUGAAGACAUCAAACUAUGAAAUAACACAUGGAAUCAUGUAGUAACCAAAAAAGUGUUAAACAAAUCAAAAUAUUUUUUAUAUUUGAGAUUCUUCUAAAUAGCCACCAUUUGCCUUGAUGACAGCUUUGCAAACUCUUGGCAUUCUCUCAACCAGCUUUUCCAACAGUCUUGAAGGAGUUCCCACAUAUGCUGAGCAGUUGUUGGCUGCUUUUCCUUCACUCUGUGGUCCGACUCAUCCCAAACCAUCUCAAUUUGGUUGAGGUCGGGGGAUUGUGGAGGCCAGGUCAUCUGAUGCAGCACUCCAUCUCCUUCUUGGUAAAAUAGCCCUUAUACAGCCUGGAGGUGUGUUGGGUCAUUGGCCUGUUGAAAAACAAAUGAUAGUCCCACUAAACCCAAACCAGAUGGGAUGGCGUAUCACUGCAGAAUGCUGUGGUAGCCAUGCUGGUUAAGUGUGCCUUGAAUUAUAAAUAAAUCACAGACCGUGUCGCCAACAAAGCACCCCCACACCAUAACACCACCUCCUCCAUGCUUUACGGUGGGAAAUACACCUGCAGAGAUGAUCCAUUCACCCACACGUGUCUCACAAAGCCACGGAAGUUGGAACCAAAAAUCUCAAAUUUGGACUCAUCAGACCAAAGGACAGAUUUCCACCAGUCUAAUGUCCAUUGCUAGUGUUUCUUGGCCCAAACAAGUAUCUUCUUCUUAUUGGUGUCCUUUAGUAGUGGUUUCUUUUCAGCAAUUCAACCAUGAAGGCCUGAUUCACACAGUCCCCUCUGAACAGUUGAUGUUGAGACGUGGCUGUUACUUGAACUCUGUGAAGCAUUUAUUUGGGCUGAAAUUUCUGAGGCUGAUAACUCUAAUGAACUUAUCCUCUGCAUUCUUCUAUAAUGAAGAAUAAUAGUGAAGAUGUAAAAACUAUGAAAUAACACAUAUGAAAUCAUGUAGUAACCAAAAAAGUGUUAAACAAAUCAAAAUAUAUUUUAUAUUUGAGAUUCUUCAAAUAGCCACCCUUUGCCUUGAUGACAGCUUUGCACACUCUUGGCAUUCUCUCAACCAGCUUCAUGAGGUAGUCACCUGGAAUGCAUUUCGAUUAACAGGUGCACCUUCUUAAAAGUUAAUUUGUGGAAUUUCUUUCCUUAAUGCGUUUGAGCCAAUCAGUUGUGUUGUGACAAGGUAGGGGUGGUAUACAGAAGAUUGCCCAAUAUGGUAAAAGACCAAGUCCAUAUUAUGGCAAGAACAGCUCAAAUAAUCAAAGAGAAACGACAGUCCAUCAUUACUUUAAGACAUGAAGGUCAGUCGAUCUGGAACAUUUCAAGAACUUUGAAAGUUUCUUCAAUUGCAGUCGCAAAAAACAUCAAGCGUUAUGAACAAACUGUCUCUCAUGAGGACCACCACAGGAAAGGAAGACCCAGAGUUACCUCUGCUGCAGAGGAUAAGUUCAUUAGUUACCAGCCUCAGAAAUUGCAGCCCAAAUAAAUGCUUCAGAGUUCAAGAAACACACAUCAACUGUUCAGAAGAGACUGCGUGAAUCAGGCCUUCAUGGUCAAAUUGCUGCAAAUAAACCACUACUAAAGGACACCAAUAAGAAGAGACUUGGUUGGGCCAAGAAACAUGAGCAAUGGACAUUAGACUGGUGGAAAUCUGUCCUUUAGUCUGAUGAGUCCAAACUUGAGAUUUAUGGUUCCAACCGCUGUCUUUGUGAGACGCAGAGUAGGUGAACGGAUGAUUUCCGCGUGUGUGGUUCCCAUCGUGAAGCAUGGAGGAGGUGGUGUGGGGGUGCUUUGCUGGUGACACUGUCGGUGAUAUACACUGCUCAAAAAAAUUAAGGGAACACUAAAAUAACACAUCCUAGAUCUGAAUGAAUGAAAUAAUCUUAUUAAAUACUUUUUUCUUUACAUAGUUGAAUGUGCUGACAACAAAAUCACACAAAAAUUAUCAAUGGAAAUCAAAUGUAUCAACCCAUGGAGGUCUGGAUUUGGAGUCGCCCUCAAAAUUAAAGUGGAAAACCACACUACAGGCUGAUCCAACUUUGAUGUAAUGUCCUUAAAACAAGUCAAAAUGAGGCUCAGUAGUGUGUGUUGCCUCCACGUGCCUGUAUGACCUCCCUACAACGCCUGGGCAUGCUCCUGAUGAGGUGGCGGAUGGUCUCCUGAGGGAUCUCCUCCCAGACCUGGACUAAAGCAUCCGCUAACUCCUGGACAGUCUGUGGUGCAACGUGGCGUUGGUGGAUGGAGCGAGACAUGAUGUCCCAGAUGUGCUCAAUUGGAUUUAGGUCUGGGGAACGGGCGGGCCAGUCCAUAGCAUCAAUGCCUUCCUCUUGCAGGAACUGCUGACACACUCCAGCCACAUGAGGUCUAGCAUUGUCUUGCAUUAGGAGGAACCCAGGGCCAACCGCACCAGCAUAUGGUCUGAGGAUCUCAUCUCAGUACCUAAUGGCAGUCAGGCUACCUCUGGCGAGCACAUGGAGGGCUGUGCGGCCCCCCAAAGAAAUGCCACCCCACACCAUGACUGACCCACCGCCAAACCGGUCAUGCUGGAGGAUGUUGCAGGCAGCAGAACGUUCUCCACGGCGUCUCCAGACUCUGUCACGUCUGUCACACGUGCUCAGUGUGAACCUGCUUUCAUCUGUGAAGAGCACAGGGCGCCAGUGGCGAAUUUGCCAAUCUUGGUGUUCUCUGGCAAAUGCCAAACGUCCUGCACGGUGUUGGGCUGUAAGCACAACCCCCACCUGUGGACGUCGGGCCCUCAUACCACCCUCAUGGAGUCUGUUUCUGACCGUUUGAGCAGACACAUGCACAUUUGUGGCCUGCUGGAGGUCAUUUUGCAGGGCUCUGGCAGUGCUCCUCCUUGCACAAAGGCGGAGGUAGCGGUCCUGCUGCUGGGUUGUUGCCCUCCUACGGCCUCCUCCAUGUCUCCUAAUGUACUGGCCUGUCUCCUGGUAGCGCCUCCAUGCUCUGGACACUACGCUGACAGACACAGCAAACCUUCUUGCCACAGCUCGCAUUGAUGUGCCAUCCUGAAUGAGCUGCACUACCUGAGCCACUUGUGUGGGUUGUAGACUCCGUCUCAUGCUACCACUAGAGUGAAAGCACCGCCAGCAUUCAAAAGUGACCAAAACAUCAGCCAGGAAGCAUAGGAACUGAGAAGUGGUCUGUGGUCACCACCUGCUAAACCACUCCUUUAUUGGGGGUGUCUUGCUAAUUACCUAUAAUUUCCACCUGUUGUCUAUUCCAUUUGCACAACAGCAUAUUACAUUUAUUGUCAAUCAGUGUUGCUUCCUAAGUGGACAGUUUGAUUUCACAGAAGUGUGAUUGACUUGGAGUUACAUUGUGUUGUUUAAGUGUUCCCUUAAUUUUUUUGAGCAGUGUAUUUAGAAUUCAAGGCACACUUAACCAGCAUGGCUACCACAGCAUUCUGCAGCGAUACGCCAUCCCAUCUGGUUUGGGCUUAGUGGGACAAUCAUUCGUUUUUCAACAGGACAAUGACCCAACACACAUCCAGGCUGUGUAAGGGCUAUUUGACCAAGAAGGAGAGUGAUGGAGUGCUGCAUCAGAUGACCUGGCCUCCACAAUCACCUGACCUCAACCCAAUUUGAGAUGGUUUGGGAUGAGUUGGACCGCAGAGUGAAGGAAAAGCAGCCAACAAGUGUUCAGCAUAUGUGCGAACUUCUUCAAGACUGUUAGAAAAGCAUUCCUCAUGAGGCUGGUUGAGAGAAUUCCAAGAGUGUGCAAAGCUGUCAUCAAGGCAAAGAGUGGCUAUUUGAAUAAUCUAUUUUGAUUUGUUUAACACUUUUUUGGUUACUACAUGAUUCCAUAUGUGUUAUGUCAUAGUUUUGAUCUCUUCACUAUUAUUCUACAAUUUUGAAAACAGUAAAAAAUUAAAGAAAAACCCUUGAAUGAGUAAGUGUAUCCAAACUUUUGACUGGUACUAUACGUUGUCUCUGCUAUUUUCAUGAUGUCAAAUCCUUUUUUAAUGAAAAUUGCCUUAAAUGCAUCUACAGAUGUCAACUGAACUGCUUUCCUGUUCCAAUGUGGUUUUGUUUGUUUUCUUCCCCUAUUUAGUCGGCACCAGUCAAGCCCAACUACACCCUGAAAUUCACAUUAGCCGGCCACACAAAAGCAGUUUCGUCUGUCAAGUUCAGUCCCAGUGGAGAGUGGCUUGCCAGUUCAUGUAAGUUUAUGAUGAGUGCUUUAGGUGGUCUUAGAACAGUAAGUCUACUGAAUACUACUAUUAGGCCUGAUCACAGUGCAUGCACAAGUUGUUACAAUAAAAUGUCAUUUAAAGCUGCAAUCCAUAGCAGUGAAACUACCACGUCCGUUUGCGAUAUUACAACAACAAAGACGUUACUUCAAACAUCAUUGCACAUUAUUGCAAGCGCGAUAGAACAGCAGAGUAUGUACUACGAUUCAUUUUUUUUAACCACAAUGCUGGAUUCACAUUUACUCAAAACAAUAACAAAUGCACCUGGGGCAGCCAGUGGCGCUGUUUUGCCACUCGCAGAUCUCUGCUUUAAGUGCAAUGUCCUUUCAAUGUAAAUUAUCUGUUGAAAUCUUGCAUGAUAACACUACGUUUCAGUUGAAAAGGCUGCCUUGAAAUAUCUGUUUUACAGCUGCUGACAAACUGAUCAAAAUUUGGGGAGCUUACGAUGGAAAGUUUGAGAAAACAAUAUCGGGACACAAACUUGUGAGUUCACGUUUCCAUUAUAUUAUUUGUAAUGAUUAUGUACAGUGCCUUGAAAAAGUAUUCAUACCCGUUGACAUUCCACAUUUUGUUACAGUCUGAAUUCAAAAUGGAUAAAUACAAAUGUUAUGUCUCACCAAUGUACACACACUACCCCAUAAUGACAAAGUGAAAACAUGUUUUUGAAAUGUUUACAAAUUAAUUGAAAAUUAAAUACAGAUGUCUAAUUUACAUAAAUAUUCACACCCCUGAGUCAAAACUUUGUAGAAGCACCUUUGGCAGUGAUUACAGAUGUGAAUCUCACUGGGUAAGUCUCUAAGAGCUUUCCACACCUGGUUUGUGCAACAUUUGCCCAUUAUGCUUUUCAAAAUUCUUCAAGCUCUGUCAAAUUGGUUGUUGAUCAUUGCUAGACAACCAUUUUCAGGUCUUGCCAUAGAUUUCCAAGUAUAUUUAAGUCAAAACUGUAACUUGGCCACUCAGGAACAUACACUGUAUUCUUGGUAAGCAACUCCAGUGUAGAUUUGGCCUUGUGUUUUAGGUUAUUGUCCUGCUGAAAGGUGAAUUCAUCUCCCAGUGUCUGAUGGAAAAUAAGACUGAACCAGGUUUUCCUUUUAGGGUUUUGCCUGUGCUUAGCUCCAUUCCGUUAAUUGUUUUUAUCCUGAAAAACUCCCCAGUCCUUAAUGAUGAUAAGCAUACCCAUAACAUGAUGCAGCCACCACUAUGCUUGAAAAUAUGGAGAGUGGUACUCAGUAAUGUUUUCUAUUGGAUUUGCCCCAAACAUAACGCGUUGUAUUCAGGACAAAAAGUUAAUUGCUUUGCCACAUUUUGCAGUAUUACUUUAGUGCCUUGUUGCAAACAGGAUGCAUGUUUUGGAAUAUUUUUAUUCUGUACAGGCUUCCUUCUUUUCACUCUGUCAAUUAGGUUAGUAUUGUGGAGUAACUACAAUGUUGAUCCAUCCUGAGUUUUCUCCUAACACAGCCAUUAAACUCUAACGUUUUUAAAGUCACCAUUGGACUCAUGGUGAAAUCCCUGAGUGGUUUCCUUCCUCCCCGGCAACUGAGUUAGGAAGGACACCUGUAUCUUUGUAGUGACUGGGUGUAUUGAUGCCCAUCCCAAGAGUAAUUAAUAACUUCACCAUGUUCAAAGGAUGGUUCAACGUCUGCUUUUUUAAAUGUUUACCCAUCUACCAAUAGGUGCCUUUCUUUGCAAGGCAUUGGAAACCUCCAUGGUCUUUGUGGUUGAAUCUGUGUUUGAAAUUCACUGCUCAACUGAGGGACCUUACAGAUAAUUGUAUGUGUGGGGUACAGGGAUGAGGUAGUCAUUUAAAAAUAAUGUUAAACACUAUUGCACACAGUGAGUCCAUGCAACUUAUUAUGUGACUUGUUAAGCACAUUUUUACCCCUGAACUUAUUUAGGCUUGCCAUAACAAAGGGGUUGAAUACUUGUUGACGUGAGACAUUACAUUUUUUAAUUUUUUUAUAAUUUGUAAAAAUGUCUAAACAUAAUUUCACUUUGACAUUAUGGGGUAUUGUGUGUAGGCCAGAGACACAGAAUCUCAAUUUAAUCAAUUUUAAAUUCAUGCUGUAACACAACAAUGUGGAAAAAGUCAAGAGCUGUGAAUACUUUGAAGGCACUUUAUUUGUUUCACUGCCAUGAUGAGUGCUUUUAGUGUGACUAACCAAGUUGACCUUUCACUUGUUAUCUGCAGGGGAUCUCGGAUGUCGCCUGGUCCUCAGACUCCAACCUCCUUGUUUCAGCAUCUGACGACAAGACUCUAAAGAUCUGGGACGUCAGCUCGGUAAGAGAGGCAGGAUGGGGAGUUUUUUUCUCAGAAAUAUAGUACUAGAAGUAUUUCACUUUAUUGUCCCACAAUGGAAAAUUGGUUUGCGACAGUUUAACACUAGAAGCGCAGAGAGCGUUAUUUUGACGUCGUAUGAAUUUACAUUUGUAAUAUCUGUUUUUAAAGUCAUGUUCCCCCCGGACUGGAGUUUACCAAAAAGUGACUUUAAAAUAAUCCUAGAGGUUCAUGCCGGUCAGACAUUUUAAAUUUAUAUUACCUACUGGAAAGAGCAUAUUCUAAGGCAGGGGUCUCCAACCUUUUCUAGCAUUACAUUUACAUUUUAGUCAUUUAGCAGACGCUCUUAUCCAGAGCGACUUACAGUUAGUGAGUGCAUACAUUUUCAUACUGGCCCCCCGUGGGAAACGAACCCACAACCCUGACGUUGCAAGCGCCAUGCUCUACCAACUGAGCAUGAGAGGUCCUUUUACGCUUUGAAACAUGUCGCAAGCUGCUCAUAAUUGUUUCCUGGCUUUCAAAUAGGCACGUUUUAUUUUUUUCAGUUUUCAUGCUCAAUUACAAUUAUUUAUAGAGAAACAAUACAAUUGGAUGUUCUGUCCAUGUCAAUGCUUAAAUCACAUCAGAAGUCCAUUUUUGAGGGUUGGGGAAAAAACUAACAAAAUAAAAAGUGAAAUACCCCUUUAAUUCCUCAUUUUGUGAGAGGAUUGUGCUGGUCUAGUGAUGUUUUUGCUGCUGCAUAUGUCAUGACAGAAUUUCCAAAACAAAAGCCCUCCGGAUUGAUAAAAAUGAUAAUUCUGCCAGAUAAGCCUACUUUUCUGUUAACAUUUAAUAGAGAAGGUUUUUGGGAAAGUCUUUGUCUACCCAGAAGACAGUUAUCAUUAUCACUAACUGGCUACACAAAGUAAGUGAGACAAACGCAACAUUGAUGGAAAUUAAUUGGCAGAUAUGAAAUGUAUUUAUUAGAAUGUUAGAUUGUUGAUGUAAAAUGACUGGUCAUUGGCUUAGAACGGGAUGGCUCGGGGGCCUGGCUUAAAAAAUAAAUAAAAAUAAAAGACAUGACAACAUUGAUUCAACAGCAAAUACAUAUUACCAAAUAAGUCUGUAUAGAAAUUGCACUGGAAGGACUGGGAUAAAGUGCUUAGCAUUCAGUGCAGAUACUAUGUUUUUGAAGAUGUAUUUUUCUUUUUUCAAUGUCAGGUUUUGUUCAUAAGAGUAAUGAAGGAAUUUGAUUAGACGGAACUGGGGUCCACCGGGCUACGGCCCGCCACGUGACCGGCUAAAACCGGUGAGGACGGAGCACACUGCUCAAAUCGAACAUGAAUCUGUGCCACCGGGUCAUUGUCAACAAGGCAGCAUGAUGCAUCGUUCAGAAACAUGUAUUUUCCAUAAAGUGUAUACUUGUAUUCAAAUGAAACCCUCAAUGACUGCAGGGAUAAAGGACUUCCUGCUUCUAUGACUCUUGCCAGGGGAUUUGAGGUAGUGUCUGCCUGAAGGGAGCAGCUCUCAUCCCUAAAAAAUGUACUGGCUUUAAUCAGAGAUAUUUAGCACCACAGGGUAGCAUUCGUUCUCUGCAGCUAGUUAAUACGUGUUGUGGAAAUUCUACACAGGGACACUUGAAGUCAAUCUUAAAUGAAUUGUUCUUUUAUCAGCGCGCUGGAGAGGUUUCAACCAACUCAAUGCACCAAGUACACAUGUCGAUCAGGAGCUCUAACGGGACAGUUCGUUAGAUCUCUUACAUACUGGUUACAGACACGUUACAUAGGCAUAGUUCAUAGGGUUGGUUCCGGCAUGUGUCUGGCACCGUCUCUUAUCUUAACUUAUCGAACAAAUUCUGGGCGUUCUGUCAGAUGGUCCCCCCCCCCCCCUUACCAAGCACAGGCAGGAACCAAGGAAUAUUUAUGACACUAAGACAAUAUGAACAUUUUCAAGGCUGUGUUUUCACUCACAUGAUCAAAAUUUCCAUCGCAUACAGAUUCAUUUUUCGGCCAAGACAUGCCGUCAACAGAGUCAGAUGAACUCAUGGAUACCAUUUUUAUCUCUAUGCGUCCAGUACGAAGGAAGUUAGAUAUAUUUUCGUGAGCCAAUGCUCACUAGAGUUAGCGGAAUGACUGGAAGUGUAACGGAACAGCUAGCAUGUCAUUGCGCUAACUGUUUCCUCUGCAAAUACAUCAUAAUCGCUGAUUCGGGGCCCUCCAUGCCGUGGAUGCUUGAUCGACCAUAAUGAGCUCUUACCGUGAACAUGUUUAAUUUAAACCCAAUCCUUUCCUUAUUGCAGGGGAAAUGCUUGAAGACGUUAAAAGGCCACAGCAACUAUGUCUUCUGCUGCAACUUCAACCCCCAGUCCAAUCUCAUCGUGUCUGGAUCGGUGAGUCCUACCUACUAAUACACUAAUGCAGAAUUCCUAUUGUAUAUGUUUACAUAGAGAAGGUUAUUGCUAACCCUGAUUUCCAUCAAGGAGGGAUGAAUAUUUGUUGUGUGGUUGUGUGCUAACAUGAAUUGUUUUCUUCUAGUUUGACGAGAGUGUGCGGAUAUGGGAUGUAAAAACUGGCAAAUGCUUGAAGACCCUGCCGGCCCACUCCGACCCCGUCUCUGCUGUAAGUACUGCACCCAUCUGUGCAUGUGGACACCUUAUAUGAAGCUAAUAACAAUCUACUUCAGAUCAUUGAUUUUCUGCUUAUGAGCAAAUAGUAGUUCAUUAUCACACCCUCUGGUAAGUGUGAAUAGAUCUCUAAUCUAUAUUGCCAUGCAGGUCCAUUUCAACAGAGAUGGCUCACUGAUUGUGUCCAGCAGCUACGAUGGCCUCUGGUGAGGGAAAUUAACACUUUCUCCCCUGUUUUGUUGAAUGUACUUGGCAAAGAUAUUCCCUUAGAGGCAUUUUGUGAGUCUAGUUUUAAUGAUGGUCAAUGUAACAUAAAUAUGAGGAGUAUUGAAGUAUUAUUUGGAUGUAUUAAAUCAUUAUAUAAUUUGUGAUAUUGUUUGAGAAAUGUAUGACACUGUAUCAACCUUAAUAUCUCUUGUCUGUCCUUAGCCGGAUCUGGGACACCGCAUCAGGACAGUGUCUGAAAACACUAAUUGGUAAGCUUCACCAGCCAGAAUUGUGGCAUCUGUGUCAUAUAUUUGUAUUUAUUAUGGAUCCCCACUACUCUUCCUGGGGUCCAGCAAAAUUAAGGCAGUUAUACAUUUAAAAAACAUUACAAUACAUUCAUAACAGAUUUCACAACUAAUUAAGUGUGUGCCCUCAGGCCUAUACUCUAUUACCACACACAUAUAUAAACUCAGCAAAAAAAGAAAGGUCCCUUUUUCAGGACCCUGUCUUUCAAAGAUAAUUAGUAAAAAUCCCAAUAACAUCACAGAUCUUCAUUGUAAAGGGUUUAAACACUGUUUCCCAUGCUUGUUCAAUGAACCAUAAACAAUUAAUGAACGUGCACCUGUGGAACGGUCGUUAAGACACUAACAGCUUACAGACGGUAGGCAAUUAAGGUCACAGUUAUGAAAACUUAGGACACUAAAGAGGCCUUUCUACAGACUCUGAAAAACACCAAAAGAAAGAUGCCCAGGGUCCCUGCUCAUCUGCGUGAACAUGCCUUAGGCAUGCUGCAAGGAGGCACUGCAGAUGUGGCCAGGGCAAUAAAUUGCCAUGUCUGUACUGUGAGACGCCUAAGACAGCGCUACAGGGAGACAGGAUGGACAGCUGAUCGUCCUCGCAGUGGCAGACCAUGUGUAACAACACCUGCACAGGAUCGGUACAUCCGAACAUCACACCUGCGGGACAGGUACAGGAUGGCAACAACAACUGCCCGAGUUACACCAGGAAUGCACAAUCCCUCCAUAAGUGCUCAGACUGUCCGCAAUAGGCGGUAAGGCAGGUCCUCACCAGACAUCACCGGCAUCAGACAGGACUGGCAAAAAGUGCUCUUCACUGACGAGUCGCGGUUUUGUCUCAUCAGGGGUGUUGGUCGGAUUUGCGUUUAUCGUCGAAGGAAUGAGCGUUACACUGAGGCCUGUACUCUGGAGCGGGAUCGAUUUGGAGGUAGAGUGUCUGUCAUGGUCUGGGUGGUGUGUCACAGCAUCAUCGGACUGAGCUUGUCAUUGCAGGCAAUCUCAACGCUGUGCGUUACAGGGAAGACAUCCUCCCUCAUGUGGUACCCUUCCUGCAGGCUCAUCCUGACAUGACCCUCCAGCAUGACAAUGCCACCAGCCAUACUGCUCGUUCUGUGCGUGAUUUCCUGCAAGACAGGAAUGUCAGUGUUCUGCCAUGGCCAGCGAAGAGCCCGGAUCUCAAUCCCAUUGAGCACGUCUGGGACCUGUUGGAUCGGAGGGUGAGGGCUAGGGCCAUCCCCCCAGAAAUGUCCGGGAACUUGCAGGUGCCUUAGUGGAAGAGUGGGGUAACAUCUCACAGCAAGAACUGGCAAAUCUGGUGCAGUCCAUGAGGAGGAGAUGCACUGCAGUACUCAAUGCAGCUAGUGGCCACACCAGAUACUGACUGUUACUUUUUAUUUUGACCCCCCCUUUGUUCAGGGACACAUUAUUCAAUUUCUGUUAGUCACAUGUCUGUGGAAUUUGUUCAGUUUAUGUCUGCUGUUGAAUCUUGUUAUGUUCAUACAAAUAUUUACACAUGUUAAGUGAGAGAAUGCCAAGAGUGUGCAAAGCUGUCAUCAAGACAAAGGGUGGCUAUUUGAAGAAUCUCAAAUAUAAAAUAUAUUUUGAUUUGUUUAACACUUUUUUGGUUACUCCAUGAUUACAUAUGUGUUCUUUAAUAGUUGUGAUGGCUUCACUAUUAUUCUACAAUGUAAAAACAUUAGGAAAAAUCCUUGAUUGAGUAGGUGUCCAAAAUUCUGACUGGUAGUGUAUAUAUAACACAAAUUCCAUGUGUACAUGUGUGUAUAGUACGUAUGUUAUUGUGUGACUGUAUGCAUGUGUCUAUGUUUGUGUUGAUUCACAGUCCCCGCUGUUCCAUAAGAUGUUUUUUCAAAAUAUAUUUUUACUGCUGGCAUGAGUUACUUGAUGUGGAAUAGAGUUCCAUGUAGUCAUGGCUCUAUGUAGUACUGUGCGCCUCCCAUAGUCUGUUCUUGACUUGGGAACUGUGAAGAGGCCUCUGGUGGCAUGUCUUGUGGGGUAUGCAUGGGUGUCCGAGCUGUGUGCCAGUAGUUCAAACAGACAGCUCAUGCAUUCAACAUGUCAAUACCUCUCACAAAUACAAGUAGUGAUGAAGUCAAUCUCUCCUCCACUUUGAGCCAGGAGAUAUUGACAUGCAUAUUAUUGUUAGCUCUCUGUGUACAUCCAAGGGCCAGCCGUGCUGCCCUGUUCUGAGCCAAUUGCAAUUUUCCUAAGUCCCUCUUUGUGGCACCUGACCACACGACUGAACAGUAGUCCAGGUGCGACAAAACUAGGGCCUGCAGGGACCUGCUUUGUUGAUGGUGCUGUUAAGAAUGCAGAGCUGCGCUUUAUGAUAUACAGACUUCUCCCCAUCCUAGCUACUGUUGUAUCAAUAUGUUUUGACCAUGACAGUUUAUGAUCCUGGGUUACUCCAAGCAAUUUAGUCUCCUCAACUUGCUCAAUUUCCACAUUAUUCAUUACAAGAUUUAGUUGAGGUUUAGGGUUUAGUGAAUGAUUUGUCCCAAAUACAAUGCUUUUAGUUUUGAAAUAUUUACGACUAACUUAUUCCUUGCCACCCAUUCUGAAACUAACUGCAGCUCAUUGUUAAGUGUUGCAGUCAUUUCAGUCGCUGUGGUAGCUGACGUGUAUAGUGUUGUCAUCCGCAUACAUAGACACAGUGUCAUGUCGUUAGUAAAGAUUGAAAAAAGUAAGGGGCCUAGACAGCUGCCCUGGGGAAUUCCUGAUUCUACCUGGAUUUUGUUUGAGAGGCUUCCAUUAAAGAACACCCUCUGUGUUCUGUUAGACAGGUAACUCUUUAUCCACAAUAUAGCAGGGGGUGUAAAGCCAUAACACAUACGUACUGAAGUCUAACAAAACCGCUCCCGCAAUCUUUUCUGUCAUACAUUUCUCUCAGCCAAUCAUCAGUCAUUUGUGUAAGUUCUGUGCUUGUUGAAUGUCCUUCCCUAUAAGUGUGCUGAAAGUAUGUUGUCAAUUUGUUUACUGUAAAAUAGCAUUUUAUCUGGUCAAACCAUUUUUCCAAGAAGUUUUAAGGGUUGGUAACAGGCUGAUUGGUCGGCUAUUUUAGCCAGUUAAGGUGGCUUUACUAUUCUUAGGUAGGGGAAUAACUUUAUCUUCCCUCCAGGCCUGAGGGCACACACUUUCUAGUAGGCUUAAAAAAUAUAUAGGCAAUAUCACAUUUUAUAGUAUUUUUCUGUGAGUAAAUUCUUCAUUUUCUGGCUUUUGCAGAUGAUGACAACCCCCCGGUGUCAUUUGUGAAGUUCUCACCAAACGGCAAAUACAUUCUGGCAGCCACAUUGGACAAGUGAGUGUAAGAUUAUCAGUAGAGCACUGUCACUUUCCCUCAAAUGUAGUAGGCUAUGACAUGUACCAUAGGGUCUUUGUCAUGCAGUACUGCACCAGUAGAGGGGCCUAUUAGACUGUCCAGUACCAUUGGACCAAAGAGUUUCAUUUGAAUGGGAAGGAAUGCAGAAGCAAAUCUACAAAGAAAAGCUUCUUCAUCACUCGUGAAUGCAAAUGAAUUAUUCGCUAUUGUUUCUUUUGGGAUGCUGUCUUCUAACAGUGAGUUGUUUUUGUUUUUCAGCACCCUGAAGCUUUGGGACUACAGCAAAGGAAAGGUAAGAUACUUUUGGUAAUGUAGUGUGUAUGUGGACACCUGCUUGUCAAACAUCUCAUUCCAAAAUCAUGGGCAUUAAUAUGGAGUUGGUCCCCCCUUUGCUGCUAUAACAGCCUCCACUCCUCUGGGAGGCUUUCGACUAGAUGUUGGAACAUUGCUACGGGGACUUUCUUCCAUUUAGCCACAAGCAUUAGUGAGGUUGGGCGAUUAGGCCUGGCUUGCAGUCGGCGUUCCAAUUAAUCUCAAAGGUGUUCAAUGGAGUUGAGGUCAGGGCUCUGUGCAGGCCAGUCAAGUUCUUCCACACCGAUCUCGACAAACCGUUUCUGUAUGGACCUCGCUUUGUGCACAGGGGAAUUAUCAUGCUGAAACAGGAAAGGGCCUUCCCCAAACUGUUGCCAAAAGUUGGAAGCACAGAAUCUUUUUGAAUUUCAUUGUAAGCUGUAGCAUUAAGAUAUCCCUUCACUGGAACGAAGGAAACAUGAAAAACAGCCCAAGGCCAUUAUUCCUCCUCCACCACCAAACUUUACAGUUGGCACUAUGCAUUGGGGUCGGUAGUGUUCUCCUGUUAUCCGCCAAACCCCAGAUUCGUCCGUCGGACUGUCAGAUGGUGAAGCGUGAUUCAUCACUCCAGAGAACUGUUUCCACUGCUCUGGAGUCCAAUGGCGGCGAGCUUUACACCACUUCAACCGAUGCUUGGCAUUGUGCAUGGCCAUGGAAACCCAUUUCAUGAAGCUCACGACGAACAGUUAUUGUGCGGAAGUUACUUCCAGAGGCAGUUUGGAACUCUGUAGUGAGUGUUGCAACCGAGGACAGACACAUUUUACGCGCUUCAGCACUCGGCGGGCUCGUUCUGUGAGCAUGUUUGUCCUACCAGUUCGAGGCUGAGCCGCUGUUGCUCCUAGACGUUUCCACUUCACAAUAACAGCAUUUACAGUUGACUGGGGCAGCUCUAGCAGGACAGAAAUUUGACGAACUGACUUGUUAGAAAGGUGGCAUCCUAUGACGGUGCCACGUUGAAAGUCACUGAGCUCUUGAGUAAGGCUAUGGAGAUUGCAUGGCUAUGUGCUCGAUUUUAUACACUUGUCAGCAACGGGUGUGGCUGAAAUGGCCAAAUCCACUAUUUUGAAGGGGUGUCCUCAUACUUUUGUUUAUAUAGUGUAUGUCAUAUGUCUAUCACUCAUGUUGCAAUUUGAUCCAAACAUAGGAAUGCUCUUGAUUGAAAUGUUUCAAUUCUCUACAUGUUCUCUUCAAUAAGUGUUCUCCUCUCAUUCCAGUGCUUGAAAACAUACACUGGCCACAAAAAUGAGAAGUACUGCAUAUUUGCUAAUUUCUCUGUCACAGGUGGAAAGGUAAACCCAUCCCCCCUCUCUUGCAUACAUGUCUAGAAAUAGAUUUUCAAGAUGAUGACUUGUAUGCUUUUACCAAUAGCUUCUUCUGAAGUAUCAUUAUUUCUCAUGGUCUGUAACUCACAGUGGAUUGUCUCUGGCUCGGAGGACAACAUGGUGUACAUCUGGAACCUGCAGACCAAGGAGAUUGUACAGAAACUACAGGGCCAUACAGGUAGGGGAGAGUCAUGACAAGAGGUUGAUGAAACUGAUUACUAUUACUUUGAGGUGAAAUACAUGGUGGCAAUCUCACUGUUUGAACACACUGUUGCUCACAACAACUCUUUGUUUAAUUCUCUGCUUUUCUCUUCUCCCUCCCACCCUCUCUGUCUAGAUGUGGUGAUUUCUACUGCCUGCCACCCCACAGAGAACAUCAUUGCGUCUGCGGCGCUAGAAAAUGACAAAACUAUCAAACUGUGGAGGAGCGACUGUUAAGCCUCUGGAUCCUGGGCGUGCUUAUUUUAUUUUCAUUUGUUUGUACUUUUCAUUUGAAGAAAAGAGGACUUUCUGCUGAAAGAUCUGGGCCCGGGAAUGCCUUGAGGACUGAGCCUCAACUGGAAGAACAAAAUGAACGCAAGUCCAGAACAUCACCACAACCACAUACCUUCCCUUCAUCCAGAACCAGAUCAAACCCCAACCGAACCACCACAACCCUCUACUUGGUCUUGCUUGUGCCCUUACAUGCUCUACCAUCUCUGCCUUACUCUUACUGUGAGCUGGAUGUUUGUGUUUCAUCAAUUGAAAUAUGAAAAUCAACUUUUGUCAUUCAUGAGGAAAGUAGUCAUAUGGUAUCUUAUGAGUUAAUCUCUGUAUGUGUAGGUGUUUUAGUACUGAUACACGUUUUGUUUUGAUAAUAUAUUUCCCCAAUUAAGCCAGAUUGCAUUGGCCUCAAGUAAGUACUCCUAUCCCCCAUGUAAGGUGUUUUUU